AUGAGCUCACCCGAGUUGCAGAGCCCAAGCACCAGCCGAUUUUUAGCAGAGCUCCUAAUGGUGGGUUUUGCUGCUUGCUGGUACCAGAUUGCCAUCCACAAGGAUGAGCAACGGCAGAAAGGCUCCAACAUUGAGACAGUAGUCCAUAGUGAGAUCAAGGCAGUGGCAAGGCAGGUGGUGGCAGAGAAUGGUCAGGUGUUCCAGGUUGGCAACACGCAGUUAGUAUGCAAGGCAGAAGACAAAAGCGUAGUCGGGUCCAGGCGGAGCAUCAAAACAAUUCUUUCCAGAGUUUUGACGAUACUUUAUCCAGGACACAUUUCUAGCUCUGUUGAUAAUGGAAAAUGUGAAAGUGUCACCCAGCAGCAAGCAGUAAUAGAAACACAUUCAGGGGAUGCACAGCCCUCAGCACCGUCUUCAGCAGGGUUCAAUUUAACAAGCAAGGACAUUGGACAGAAUAACUGUAACAGGUUACUUGAUUCUGAGCUGAAUCUAGAAAGCAGUACUAUACCAGUGCAUAAUGAAAAGGAGUUAAUGCAUCAUCAGAAGAUCUAUACUGUGAGUCUUCCUCCAGAUGACUAUGUACCACAUCCUCAGAAUGAUGAAGGAUCCUCCUCCACAGAGGACUCCGAUCUCCAUGAAGAUAUAGAAGACCAGCCAAUGAAAAGGCGAAAAAGGCGCAAGCGGAGGAAAAAAGAAAAUAUUACAUCCUGUUCUUCCCCUGACAGAAUAUUCAACCAGCAACCAACAGACCAUCAACCUCUAGAAUCUGAAGGUGUGUUCAUUAAUAAAAAUAAAAGGAGGAAACUGCAAAGAAAGAGGCAGAAAGAAAGGUUGAAAGCAGCCGGUCUUUGGCCAAAGAAGAAGGCUGGAUCAGAUCAGAUGGUGGACACUGACACACCGGAGCAGUCUUCUGCACAAAGUGAGGAAGCGCUGAAGAAAACACAGGACUUGCUAGAUUUCCUACAAGCAACUCAAGAGAUGUACUUCACUGAAAGCAAAUCACCUUGCGCAGAUUCUGCUCUGUCCAUUGAACUGGUGCUGGAAAUAAUGAAUCAGAUCAAGAAUGGAGCAGUUCCUUUCUCUGAACUGUGCCUCUUACAUCACCUCAAGAGUCUGCUUCUUGUGCAGGAUAUUGAAAGAUUAAAAGAUUCAUUGGGCAGCUUCAAAGAACAUUCCUCCAUGCCUCUUGAUCCAGACGGCCGGGAAAAUAGUUUUCAAUGGAACGGACGCACUAAUAGAGCGAGCAGCUUUUUUAUUAGGUGUUUCUGGAAUCUGGAUCUCCAGCUACAGUACACGACAGAUGAUUAAAUAAGAGUAACAAGUGAUGGAUGUGCACUUUUUUCUGAGCCCAAGUGCUGUAUUUUUUUACAGGGUCAUAAAUAUAAAACACUGAAAUAUCAUUUAUUUUCCUGUCAUUAAGUGACAUUACUAAAAUAUCAGCAUUAAUUGCAACAUCUCAAAUGUUCCUAAGAU